GGUCCGGAUGCGGACACUUCCUUCCCUCCAUAUUUAAUUGGCAGCUUUCUUCUUUCUUUUCCUCACCACCAACCAACCAACAAAGAAACCAAAACCCUAACGUUGACCAGCAAUGGAGGAGGACGGGUUCGCCGCCACCAAGCUCUUCAACCGUGGCUACUCCUACACCUACGAUGACGUCAUCUUCCUCCCUCACUACAUCGACUUCUCCACUGACGACGUCUCCCUCUCCACACGCCUCACGCGCCGGGUUCCUCUCCUCUCCCCGGUCCUCUCUUCCCCUAUGGACACCGUCACCGAGGGCGCCAUGGCCGCUGCCAUGGCGUCCCUUGGUGGCCUCGGUAUCGUCCACUCCAACCUCUCCGCUGCCGACCAGGCGUCCGUCGUCCGCUCCGUCAAGUCCCGCCGCGUCCCCAUCCUCUCCGGCCCUACCUUCCGCGCCCCCUCCGACCGUAUCCACUCGCUCGACGACUUCGACUCCUGCCCCUACGUGCUCGUCACCCAGAGCGGCUCUGCGUCCUCCCAGCUCCUCGGCUACGUCUCCAGAUCCGACUGGCUCCAGCUCGACGACCACAAGAAGGACGCCCCGAUCGACGGCUUCAUGAACGGCUCGAACGACUUGGUGGUGCCGUGGGACUCUAGUCUGACCCAGAUGGACUCCUACUUUCAGGAGAAGAAAGAGAGCGACCUUGCGGUGCUGGUGAAGGAGGAGGAAGCGGUGGACGUGGUGACUAGGGAGGAUGUGGAGCGGGUGAAGGCGUGCCCGAGGUUGGGGGCGGGGACGGUGGGGCCUGACGGAGCGUGGAAAGUCGGGGCGGCGAUGGGGACGAGGGAGAGCGACAAGGAGAGGCUGGAACAUUUGGUGAAGGCCGGCGUGGAUGUCGUGGUGUUGGACAGCUCUCAAGGGAACUCCAUAUAUCAGAUUGAGAUGAUAAAGUAUAUCAAAAAGGUUUAUCCGGACCUCGAUGUGGUGGGUGGGAAUGUGGUCACGGUGGCGCAGGCCCAGAAUUUGAUUCAGGCUGGUGUUGACGGAUUGCGGGUCGGGAUGGGGUCCGGCUCCAUUUGUACUACGCAGGAGGUUUGCGCGGUCGGGCGUGGGCAGGCGACUGCUGUUUAUAAGGUUGCCUGUAUUGCUUCACAAAAUGAUGUGCCUGUCAUUGCUGAUGGUGGCAUUUCAAAUUCUGGACACAUUGUCAAGGCUUUGGUCCUGGGAGCAUCUACUGUAAUGAUGGGAGGCUUCUUAGCUGGUAGCACUGAGACUCCUGGGGCUUAUGAGUAUCAGAAUGGUCGCCGGGUCAAAAAGUAUCGAGGUAUGGGCUCCCUAGAAGCUAUGACUAAAGGGAGUGAUGCAAGAUAUUUGGGUGAUACAGCUAAGUUAAAAAUUGCUCAGGGGGUUGUUGGAGCAGUUUCAGAUAAAGGUUCUGUUCUAAAGUUUGUACCUUACACAUUGCAAGCAGUCAAGCAAGGGUUUCAAGAUCUUGGUGCUUCAUCUAUGCAGACUGCUCACGACCUCUUAAGACAAGGGGUAUUAAGGCUAGAGGUCCGAACAGGAGCAGCUCAAAUUGAAGGCAGUGUCCAUGGCCUCGUUUCCUAUGAGAAGAAACCAUUUUGAUAUUAAAAUCCCUACUGCCGAUGUUCCGAUUUUUCCUGCAGUUUCAGGUUUGUUAUUCAUGGGGCCCGAAGAUGAACUUUCGCCGUCUCAGAUGGCUGCAAAAGUCGGUCCUCACCAACGAAGAGCUCUUUGAAGUAUGGGUUGUCAAAGAUGACAGGGUCGAUGGUCUGAGGUCCCUCUAGGCCAUAACGCUCCGUUUCACCACUCAAGAGACCCUUUUCAGUUGUUUUUUUGUGCAAUCUACGACAAUAAUUCAGAGGUACCCAGAUGAACGUUUUCGUGAUUUUUUUUUUUUUUUUUGAAGUGUUUGGUUUCGACGAAUCUGAAUCUGUAUGUGGAGGCCAUUUGUUGGCCGCCCUGCGGAGAGACAGAGCAUGAUGAGAGCGGUUGUUCUCAGUGAUGAGGCCCAACUUUUAUCUUGGGUGCAGGUAACAACGUUGGCGAUUUACUUCAGUAUGAUUGAGUUAAAUGGUUUUUUAA